UACAGCACUAGCGAGUUGGCCAACAAGUACUACCUCGACCAUGAAAUACUUGGCUUUUGAAAGCCUGGAAAAGAUUAACAAUCAGUUGUCCUGCAUCGACAAGGGUGAUACUCGCAUAUUCGGUCGUAUCGAAGCCUAUUCCUGCAAAAACACUGGUGAGGACAAGAAGCUCAAGCAUCACAUCGAGUCCAAAUACAGCGAGGAAGCUAAUCUUGGCAGUCCGGAUGCUUCCAUGUCGCCCAUUCUUACCCCUGUAUCUCCAUAUGGCCCAUUGGCCCAGCUUACUUCAAGAAAAACCCUCUUUUAUCUUCUGGCCACUCUUAAUGCUGCAUAUCCUGACUAUGAUUUUAGUGAUGUCAAGCCUGAGUAUCUGACCAAAAUCCCCACUGUCGGCCUAGUUGUCAACAGUGUCAACAAUAUGCUUCUUGUUCAUCUGGGAGACACUCAAAACGCCGAAGCUGUUGGCUCGUCAAUAUGGUCUGCAAUUGACGAUGCUUGCACUACAAAAGACUGCGACAUUUACUCGUUCAAUCCUGAUAGAGAACUCGAACCCGAUGCAGAAGAGGGCAAUCUAUGGAGCUUCUACUACUUUUUCUUUAACAAAAGACUCAAGCGGAUGCUGUUUUUCACUUGCAGAUCUGUCAGCUCAAUGGUCCCAAUCCAACCUGAAGAAGAUGCUUUAUUGAUAUCUGACUCGGACGAUGCAAUGAUGGAAGAGCCUAUGCAUCGCUCAAACUCUUCUCCAAGCCUAUCAUUUGAACAGUACACAAUGCAGCCUUUUCAGCUGGAUCUUUAAAGAGCUCAUUUGCUUACACUAUUGGUUCAGCUAGGAUACUGCUCGAAUCAAUCUCUGCACUUGAAGUCGUUUUCAGCUAAUGGUUUAUUUUAAGCUUUUUUGCCCAAUUCAUCCCAUCUUUUGCGAUGUAUUUGGCAGUCGUGUUAUACAGCCAUAUCCACAUAAAAUGGAACACCAAGAGUGCCCAAAUACAUAAUAAACAGCCAGUCUCAUGUUUGAUUGGUGCCAAUCUUACUGGGCAACGUUGUGCCCUUUGAACUCAUUAGUUCAUUGGUCUUUCUCCUCCGUGCUCAUCCUUGUAUAAAACAAUAAACGAAUGUUCAAUGCAGCGUUCGUAUCUCUGUUUCAAUAAAUUCUACAUUUUCGACAUCUUUUC